CUUCAAAAACAUCAAUAAUAAGAUUAUUAUUAUUAUUACUAUUAUUAGUAUUAUUAUUAUUAAAUAAUAAUAAUAAAACAAUGAUGAAUAUGGUGGUCCUUCCUCCGCCGCCAAAGGUCACCAACAACGUGGCCCAAAUCUCCACAUGUCGGCCCGCCGCCACCAAUUCCGGCUUCCCCGGAAUUCCCGUCGUUGACCUUUCCGAUCCGGAGGCCAAAUCCAAGGUGGUGGCCGCCUGCCGUGAUUUCGGGUUCUUCAAAAUCGUCAGCCACGGCGUGGCCGCAGAUUUCCUGGCCCUGCUCGAGUCAAAGGCCGUUGACUUCUUCAACCUUCCGCAAGAGCUCAAGGAGAUGUGGGCCCCACCCGGCCCACUCGGCUACGGGUGUAAAAACAUCGGCCCAAAUGGAGAUGUGGGCUGGAUCGAGUAUCUACUCUUCCAUACCAACACUGGGCUCGAUUCCUCUGGUUCCACCGGAGCUCCGUUAACCCUGCGGGAUUUCUUGGACGAGUACGUGGCCGUGGUGCGGUCGAUGACCUGCACGGUUCUCGAGAUGGUAGCCGAGGGGCUCGGGAUGGAAACCCGUGACACGUUGAGCCACAUGAUACGAAACGAGAAUAGCGACUCUUGUUUCCGAGUCAACCACUACCCAUCUUGCCCGGGCCACCUCCAGGGCUUGAUCGGGUUCGGUGAGCACACCGACCCGCACAUAAUGUCGGUCUUGAGGUCCAACGACACCUCGGGAUUUCAAAUCCUUCUCAAGGAUGGGUCGUGGGUCGACGUCCCACCCGAUCCCACCACCUUUUUCUUCAUAGUCGGCGAUUCUCUCCAGGCAAUCAAUCAAUCAAUCCAGACACUUUAUUCUGAGUUAUCAAUCCAGAAAAACAGUUUUCUGAUAACAAAUACAGAAGUGAUGACGAACGGGAGGUUGAAGAGCGUGAAGCAUAGGGUGGUGGCGGAAGGGGUCGGGUCGAGGCUUUCGAUGAUUUUCUUUGGUGGGCCGCCGGAGGGUGAAAAGAUAGCUCCGUUGAGGUCGGUUAUGGAAGAUGGGGAGGAGAGUUUGUAUAAAGAGUUCACGUGGGCCGAGUACAUGGCUUCAGCCUACAAGACGAGGCUUGGGGACAAUAGGCUGAGCCAUUUUGAGAAGAAGAAGUUUGCCACUGAGGUCCAGUCCGAAUAA